AGGUGCACGCGAGGGCUCACAUAUUGUGGGGGCAUUUGAUAGUUGUUGUGCCUUAGGGGCUCUCAUCCGUGUUAAGCUUAUCAAUUAUCAUAUUUUCAUAGAACCCAAAUCAUGAGCAACACUAUAGUAUGCCCUUCUGAUCAAUCAAUCAAACAUGGUCCAGAAAGUGAGUAUUCUGAUGAAGAAAGGAAGAAAAAGCUUGGUUCCGUGAAGAAGUUGGCAAUUAGUGCCUCAAAAAACUAUAGGAAUUCCUUGAAGAAGGGACGGCGACACAGCAGGGUGAUGUCGGUCUCUAUCGAGGAUGAACUUGAUGCAGAAGAGAUGAAGGCGGUCGACGCCUUUCGCCAAGUACUUGUUUUGGAAGAGCUCUUGCCCUCAAUGCAUGAUGAUCAUCACACAAUGCUAAGAUUCUUGAGAGCAAGAAAGUUUGAUGUGGAGAAAACAAAACAGAUGUGGGCAGAUAUGCUUAAAUGGAGGAAGGAAUUUGGAGCAGACACUAUCAUGGAGAACUUUGAAUUCAAAGAAAUAGAUGAUGUUCUGAAAUACUACCCACAAGGGCAUCAUGGAGUUGAUAAGGAUGGAAGACCUGUUUACAUUGAAAGAUUGGGUCAAGUUGAUUCUACAAAAUUGUUGCAAGUAACAACUAUCGACCGUUAUCUUAAGUACCAUGUAAAAGAGUUUGAGAGGACCUUCAGAAUUAAAAUGCCAGCGUGCUCUAUUGCUGCAAAAAAGCACAUUGACCAAAGCACAACAAUUUUGGAUGUGCAAGGAGUGGGACUCAAAAGUCUGAACAAAGCUGCAAGGGAUCUCAUUCAGCGUCUUCAGAAGAUUGAUGGUGACAAUUAUCCUGAGUCCCUGAACCGUAUGUUCAUCAUCAAUGCUGGACCAGGAUUUAGGCUCCUGUGGAAUACCGUUAAGACAUUCCUUGACCCCAAGACCACCUCAAAAAUCCAUGUGCUAGGUAACAAAUACCAGAGCAAAUUGCUUGAAAUCAUUGAUGCCAGUGAACUUCCAGAGUUCUUGGGUGGCACUUGUACUUGUGCUGAUAAAGGUGGUUGCAUGCGUUCUGACAAGGGACCAUGGAAUGAUCCAAUGAUCUUGCAGAUGGUACAAAAUGGCAAGGGCAGAUACAAUACAAGAACCUUAUCUGGGAUCAAUGAGAAACCACUUUCAGAAAAUGCGGUAACACAAGAGCAGGUACUGAAAAAAACAAUCUUAAAGGGAUUCAAAGAAUCUAUCUUAAAGGGAUGCCAAGAAGCUGUUCUUGUAGCUCCUACUGAACACGCUGCAUACUCAAAAAUAGUGGAAUCUGAAUACACUGCUUUUCCAGAAGCCUUAAAGCAAUACAGUGUGUAUAAGUAUGAAGACCUUGAUCCAUCUUUGAAGAAGUUAGUAGACACUAAUAAAUAUACACUUUCCACAGCUGAGAAAACUAAACUUACUAGUCAGUUAGUUGGUGGAUUAAUGGCCAUUUUCAUGAGUUUUAUAACAAUGGUCCGCUUCACGAGGAACAUGCCAAGGAAAAUCACAGAAGCAGCCCUAUAUGGUGGCGCAGUAUACUAUGAUGGUGCUAUGAUGAGAGCCCCCAAAGUCUCAAUUAACGAUCACAUGACCAUGAUGAAGCGCAUGGCUGAACUAGAAGAAAAAAUGAAUGCUCUCAGCAUAAGGCCAAUCAUGUCACCUGAAAAGGAGGAACUACUAAACAGUGCUGUAAGCAGAGUUAGUACUUUGGAACAAGAUUUAGCUGCAACCAAAAAGGCACUUGAUGAAGCCCUUGCUAAACAAAUUGAGCUCCAAUCCGAAAUAGACAAGAAAAGGAAGAAGAAAAAUAAGUUGAAGAAGUUGUUUUGCUACCGUGAGUGAGGUGAUGCCUUUUCUCUGAGAGCUCCAGAGCUUUAAAGUUAGAGGCUUCGUUACGUCAUAGGAUGUCUUCUUUGAUCAGUUUACUCCUUUACCAAUAUUUUCUCUUGAGCUUUAUACAUUACCUGACCAGCUCAAAUGUCUGUACAUUAUGAAGUGUGCCUAUUCCUUGACAGUUGUGUAUGUGUUGUAUAAAAAUAAUAAUAUAAAUAUAAAUAUAAACAAAA